GAGGAGACUCCUCAACGACAGAGAGAAGCGGCUGCAGCUUUCCAAAUGUAAAUUCCCUCUGCGAGACUCAGGGAUAAUAAACUGCUGUGCCAUCCAUCUCCCCUUCCUCCCCCCACGGGGCUGCAGACGGGCUGAGCAAAUACUUCAUCUGAGCAAAGUGUUGCCAUGCUGGACGGCCGGGAUUGAGGAUAAAGUCUCCAGUAAGUCUCGGCGAACACCAGUCUCUACGCCAUGGGGGUGCUUAUGUCAAAAAAACAGCAGGUGGAGAAGGUCCAGAAAUGCAGCGCUGUUGUCUCGGCCUUCCAGGCGGGCCUGAAGGAUCGCACAGCCAAACAGGUGGAAGGAGAGGAAUGUGAAGAGCCCACCAAGACUUCAUCCAAUCCUGACGAGAAAAACACAGAGGAGGAGAAACAGGAGGAGACAGAAAACAGUGCUGGUCCAUCAACCUCCCAGCAGACUUCGGCUCCAGUAAGGGAUGAAUGUAAAGUCAACCAGGAGGCUUGGUCCAGGUUACGGGACGGGAAGGGAGUGGAGCCUGAAGAGCUGGACAAGAGCCAUCAGCUCACGCCUCCUGCUUUUGUGCGACCAAAAAGGGAACCCAAUGAUGACCAGCCUAUUGAGGUGGAACUGGACAUGACAGAACAGCCACCCAGCGCUGAGAUGUGCGACGUGUGCGAAGUGUGGACGGCCGACGACCUGUACCCCUGUAAGAUUUGUACACGGGUGUUCCACGACGGCUGCCUGAGGGAGUUAGGCUACCUGUGUGCCGAGGCCUUGCAGGAGAUGAGAGAUACAGCCCACACUGUCCCCGGCUGGAGCUGCUACUAUUGUGACAAUGUGAAUCUGCUUCUAACAGAGGAAGAGAUGUACAGUCUAAUAGAGCUCUUCAAACAGUGUAAGAUCAUCCCAGAGUCGUGCCUGGUGUCGGACGAGCUGCUGCAGUACCGCCACUUCGUAUCCAAGCAGCAGUUUGAUAAGGACCUGAGUGAUGAGCAGGAGGAAGAGGUUUUGGCCCAAUUUGCGUCUCUGGAUCCUGAGAAGAAAGGUCACAUCGAAUGGUCAGACUUUCUCUACUUUGAGUCUCUGGCUGUUUUGAAGAAGUUUCGGUCUGAGAACUCAUUGGUGCGCCUACUGACUGCGAAGGAAAGGGACAAGGCAAGGUCAGUUUUCCUCAGUUUGGAGAAAGAUGGCGUGAUCACAAGAGCAGAGAGCCGUCAGGCCCAGCAGUCCUGGUUCCACAAACUCAAGGACUCUCAGUCCUGCAAUGUGAGACUCAUGGGAUUCUGCUCUCCUAUGAAUUGUGGUAUUAGUCAUGUUGGUCCCAUAUGUGAAAGCAGCCCAGCCAGUUCUGACAGCGAACGGAGCAAGACCGAUGAAAGCAGGUUUGAUUUUUAA